AUGGCGGAGCUUUCACAGGGAGAUCGCAACAUUAUCAAGAACCAUCCUCUAACUAACUCAUUCAGUUAUUUACGAGAUGUGCUUCAGGAAGCUGAAAAAAUCUAUGAGUCGCGUCUAAGUUGCGAUGGCUCUGAGGAUAGCCUUGACCAACUCUAUCGAAAUGCGAUUUCAAAACUCCUCUCUGCUUUACAGGGAGAGGAUGCAGCUUACAGCCUUCGCUCGCGAAUGAGUAACGGGGAUAUGGUGUCUGAUCUAGCACACUUAGUCAAGCGUCUGCGAAAUGCAAAAGGAAACUUCAAGUACGAUGACUACCGGUCACUGGUAUGCCUGGUCACCCAAAGGCCACCAGGCAUUGAAAUCCAGGACGUCGAUGAAUGGAACAUCGACAUCUGGAAAGCUGUAUUUAGCCUCAUUGACACCGUCCCUCGAACAACUCCUCCGGCGAGCGUACCACCCUCGUUCGAUGGCACGCCGAUCAGAUCCACCUCGUCAUCACAGAAAGGCUCCGAGCAGACGCGUGAGUUGGUGAAUCCGAGAAUCUUUGAGGAGAUACGUGGCUGCACAUUUCGAGACGUCGAGGGCUUCUUUGACAAAUACUUUGAGGGAAAAAACUGGAGCGGCAAAGCAGAUGCCAUCUGUCGACGCGUACUGGCCCCAGACAGCGAUGGUAAUUGGGCCCAGUUUCCAAACCCUCCUACACAGGACGAUGUCCUUGCCUGGUGGUUUCGUCUUCAAGAAGACCUUCUCUCGGAAUCACGCGGCACCUACUACACCACGGCUAGCAAAGUGGAUCUUACCGGUUCGAAGGCGGAACGGCAAGUUGAUCUUCUUUUGAGAGCUAGGAGUGGGAGCCCCUCGCGAAACAAACACGACUGGAGAGACAUCCUGGUAGUUGGCGAGCUCAAAAAGCCCAAGGAGGAGAUCAGGACCAAAAGCACACUGCUGCAGAUGGGCUGCUGCGUGCGCGAGGUCUUUGCUGCGCAGCCCACCCGGCGGUUCGUCCACGCAUUCGCCGUCUGCGGGACCAAGAUGGAGGCGUGGGUGUUCGACCGCUCGGGCCCCUACAGCUCGGGCAUCAUCGAUGUCAAUGAGGACUCGAGACGGUUCUUGCAGGUGCUUGUGGGCUACACCAUGAUGAGCGAUGAGGAGCUGGGACUGGACACCUUUAUUGCUAGGGAUGAAGGCGGCAACAAAUCAAUAACUGUCAAAGGGCCUGGGAACUCAGAGGAAAAGGUGCUGCGGCUGGGUGAAAUGCUUUCCUUUCAACCUGCCAUCGUGUGUCGCGGAACCACAUGUUUUCUCGCAAACAAUGGACAAGUGGAGGGCGUAGCCAAAUUCUCGUGGGUGUCGGACAAGCGGCGACCGGAGGCGGAACUCCUCGAGCUGGCCGGUCGGAAGAAUGUCCGGGGGGUCGCCAGGAUCAUUGGCCAUGGUGCCAUCACUAGUAUCGCCGACAUGCGCCGCGGCCUGACCUUCAACAACAAGCGCCACAACUUCAAAAGCGCACCCCCCAGCACAGCCUCCUCGUUUCAUCAAUCUCAGCCGCUCACCGAGCCCUGUCGCUUAGAUAUCCGUCGAAAAUCAUCUUCCAGGAAACGCAGAUCUCCGGACAAGGGGAUGCAGGUAUCCAAACGAUCGCGUUCCAUCCAUCAACCGUCGAGGGACACCCAGCAGGAGGAUGAACUAGCUUUCUCUGUUCAGUCGGCGCACAAGCCGAGCCUCUUCGACGGAAAUGGCGAGGAACCCUACGACAACCGUGUCCUCCGCUGUCUGCUGAUAUCGCCCGCUGGCCGGCCGAUCUACAAGUACGAAUCACCCUUGGAGCUGCUCAAGGCGCUUCGCGAUGCAAUAAAGGCGCACCGGUCUCUUUACCUGGAUGGGAACAUCCUUCAUCGAGAUAUUUCGGAGAACAAUAUAAUUAUUACGGAUCCUGAAAAGGCGGGUGGUCACUCGGGCAUGCUAAUCGAUCUGGAUCUUGCCAAGGAAGUCGGCAGCGAGCGAAGCGGCGCACGGCACCAGACCGGCACGAUGGAGUUCAUGGCGAUUGAGGUGCUGCUUAAUAUCGACCAUACCUAUCGGCAUGACCUCGAGUCUUUCUUUUACGUGCUUAUCUGGCAGUGCGCCCGUAAUGGCUGGGGGAAGGAUAACCAUCCUAAGGAUAGUAAACUGCGUGCCUGGUAUACUGGUAACUAUGAGGACAUUGCAAACGCCAAGCUUGGCCAUAUGAGCAAAGCUGAAAACAUGGGAUUUGGAUUCAUUUUGAGGGAGUUCCCUCCAAAAUUCCGUGGUGUUGUACCGCUUUGUCGGGUCCUACGGGACAUUCUCUUUCCUUACAAUGACAAAGGUCUCAUUGUUGGCACUCCCCAAGACCCAAACCGCUUAUAUGAUCCAAUUAUCAAGGCAUAUGAUGACACAAUCACCCAGUUUGAACUCGGAAACCUCACCCACAAUAAAUCUAUUUAGUGUUCUCUCAGAGUUAAAGUAAGGUCCUGCCGA